CAAUAGUCUGUGACAAUGACAUUGACAAAUCUGUGUUUUUUGAUACGGUUUGGUCGUAAAAAUAUUACCUUAAAAUUAUUAAACUUAGAAGUUGAAACUUUUAUUCAAUAUUACCUAAUUAUAUUUCUAAUAUCUUUUUGACCGCCUCGCUUAAACUGAUUAUUUAUUUUGAGCAUAAUCAAAAUUUAGCUAUAAAAUUAUGUUUCCGCAGUGUUAAUUUUAUUGUGCCUUUUUUAUUACCAAUAACUAAACAAAAUCAUAUAAUGUUGCCUUCCCUUGCUGUUAAAUGGUUUUAUCGGAAGUUAAGCAGGAGUCCUGCAGAAUUUAAGUACUUACACACGCUUAAUUCUAGCAAUUUGAAGGCACUUCAAGAUUUUUGUGUUGAUAAGAAAAUUUGGAGAUAUGUAAAUACUUCUAUACAUGUUUACGAUAAAAGCAACCCCAAAGAUGUCAAGGUUUAUGCCGAUAAAUCUGCCGUCAAAACCGAUCACAAAAUCAUUAAGCAGGGUGCCACUGGUGACAUAAUCAUUAAAACUGAAACUGAUGACAAUGUUGUAACAAAAGUUACUAUAGAAAAGUUGCAAGCUACUACACUUCCAACCAAACCAAAAGAACCAGCGCCAGUUAAGAAACGUUUACUCAUCGAUUUUUCGGCAUCUUAUACGGAACGCAACUUUAUUACACCUAUUCGUGCUAUGACUGAAUAUUUGUUAAAGCAGUCUGAUCUGGAAAGCCUACCAAAAGUACUGAGAAGGUCUCCAUAUGAAGCUGAACCACCAAUAACUGUAUAUUAUAGAAAGGAUGUUGAAGCUAAAGCUAUUGAGGUGUGGGGUUCAAAAGAAACUUUAGAAAAAGAGUUGUUAAGAAGAGAAUUAGAUAGAAGAAGAUAUGAACAAGAUGUCUUUACUGUAAAAAGGAGGUUAAGAAAUUACAGACGAGAAAUGAGCCACAAAAGAUUAAGACCGGAGAGGGAAGAAUUGGGUUUAAAAACAAGAUCUGGAAGGGUGGUACUGACAGCUAUUGGAAUUAAUGGGUGUAAUUUUGUAUUUAAACUGUGUGCUUGGUUUUACACCGGUUCACACAGUUUAUUUUCAGAAUGCAUACACUCACUAGCAGAUACUGUCAAUCAGUUAAUUUUGGCAUAUGGAAUACAUAAAUCUGUACAGAUUGCAGAUCCUGACCAUCCUUAUGGCUAUACAAAUAUGCGAUAUGUAUCUUCAUUGAUUUCUGGCGUGGGUAUUUUUUGUGUAGGAAGUGGAUUAUCGUUCUAUCAUGGUGUGACCGGUAUUUUAGAUCCACAGCCAUUACAUGACUUCUUUUGGGCCUAUUUCGUUCUUGGCGGAGCAGUGGUCUCUGAGGGCGCAACUCUUAUUGUGGCUAUAAAUGCCAUUCGUAAAGGUGCCAAAGAAGCUAAUGUGCCCCUUUAUGAAUAUGUGAUGCGUAGCUCAGAUCCUUCUGUGAAUGUAGUACUCCUAGAAGAUACUGCAGCGGUAGCCGGUGUGACCGUAGCCGCUUCGUGUAUGGCAAUAUCGCAGUACACUGGCAACCCAUUACCGGACGCUAUUGGCAGUAUACUCGUCGGUACUUUACUAGGAGGCGUUGCGUCUUUCAUCAUACUUAGCAACGUCAACGCGUUAGUUGGAAGAUCCAUCCCCCAAGAGCAGUUAGAUGAAAUAAAUAGUGUGUUAGAAAGAGACUUCAUGAUAAGAGCUAUUCAUGAUGUGAAGGGUAUCGAUAUAGGUAGCAACCUCAUUAGAUAUAAGGCGGAAGUGGAUUUUGAUGGCCGUGCGCUUACUAGAUCUUACUUGGAAAAACACGACUUGAAUAUUAUUUUAGAAGAUAUGAAGAAAAUCGAGACAAUAGAUGAUGUCGAAGCAUUCCUUCUUAAACAUGGUGAAAAUAUAGUUGACAUGCUGGGUGGUGAAAUAGACAGAAUAGAGUUAAAAUUGAGGAAAAAGUUCCCACAAAUUCGGCAUUGUGAUUUGGAGAUUCUGUAAAUUUGGAGUCUGCUUCGAUUUGACAUAAGCAUAAAUUGUUCUAAGAUAAUAUGAUUGUUUAGUUUGUUGUAACUAUGUCCAUGGAAUUAUGUGCUGAUCUUUUCAAUUACAUAUUAUGUAUAAAGAAAAAAAAACCGCAGGCAUGUAAUAUAAAAACAAAUACUAUUAAGGAAUAGUAUUUUUUUUUAUGUAACGAACAGGAUUUAUGAAUCUGAUAGAUGCUAUGCACAUUUUUUUAUUUAUAAUGUUUGGAACAUUAAUAACGCCUACAGGUUGUAUCUUAACCAAAACAAGAGCGGAAAUGCGUGCCGAAUUCAUUUUAUUGCGUGCGUAAGUUGACUGUAUCUACGCACACAAAUAUAUGAUUUUAGUGUUAACGAACUGAGCCAGAUAUGGCUCCAUAGAGGUAUAAUAAUAGAGUGGGGAAGGCGGCUCUAGAAGUGUCCGUCUAGUAGAAAGAGAAAGAAGAUGAGAGACCGAUAGCUAUCUCUCUCUCUUGUGACGCAUGGCAUCUAAUGGCAUCACAUCGAAAUAGUAAGAUACUUACGGUUGCCAAUGCGCAUGCGCGAUUAUAGAGUGAAAGCUAGCGGUCUCUCAUCUUCUUUCUCUUUCUAUUAGAGGGACACUGCCACUUGUAGUAGAGUCUAUAUCUCCCCUAAUCUAUUCCCAUACCUCUAUGUAUGGCUCACUUUGAGUUGCGCCUUUUACAUGCGCGUACUAGGCUCCUAUAACUUGAAGCCGUUAAGUACGCGAGACGCGGUAGAGGGCGGCGGUCAAGCUAUAGGAGUUAUUACUCUAAGGUUUGAAAGCUUAAAAGUACAGAAAAAAUGUCAAUUGUCAAAUUUUCAACAGAUGUCUAUUUCCUGUAAUAUCCUGAUUUCCAUGAAUUCAAAUUCCCGUUCCCAAGUUUAAUUCCCACUUUAUUAAAUUACACCAACCACGUAACAAUUUGACAUUAAUGUGAAGGUUUACAUUUCAAAUUCACUUUUAUUGAAUAUUAGAAUCCGAUAAAUAUCUUACAGUCGGCGUGGAAGGUUCCGUUUUGUCUUACUCUACUGAGGCCCAAGCACAUUUUUGACAGCUCCGUACGUAUCGCAUCGUCAAAGUUUCUAUGAAAACUAAGCAGCGCCCCUAUCGGACCUAAGAGGAAACUAGCUUUUUCCAUACAAAAUUUGUCAAUCACGAAAUUAAGAUACUAUCCGGAGCUGUUAAAAACUCGCUCUUGGGCCUCUGAUAUCUAAAAGAAAGUGACUGCAAUAACUGAAACAAACUUAAAAGUCAAUUUAAGUCAUGAGUUGUCUCUUGUUAAAAUCUUAUCAGUAAGAGAUAAAAAUAUAAAUAUUGGCUUUCAAAUGUAAAAAAAUUACAUAAAGUUAAUGUCAAUAAAGUUACGCGGUGGAACCUCCGAUCUAUGCAUUACAUGCAUACGACAAUAAAAUGAUGUAAAUAGUUUAUAAUAAAAAUUUGGAUUAUAUAAUGUAAAUGUAGUUUAAACGUAUAAACAACUGAACCGCAGAUUAGAGAUAAAAUUGGUCUGCACUUGUUAUUUUUCUCUUGACUAAGGACUUUUUGAGAAUUAUUUAGGUACCUAUUAUUAUUACGGUUUGAUAUUAUUAUUUUUAUGUCAAACAAGCUUGUAGGCCACUUGGUGAUAAGGGGCCACAAUAUCCUACAUAAGCCUGCGAUUCCAGAAUAUUAUUUGCGUGUUGCCACCCUGACUUUAUUUCUAGACCUUAUCGUUAUUUAUCUAGAUCACCAUAGUUUUGAAGCAUAGGUAUUGCAAAAAAUAUUUUUAAUUGUGCCUACAGUUUUAUCACAAAUAUACAGUCAAUAUACCUUAUCAUUUAUUUCAUAGAUUUUUUAACAUACAACUGCUAGUUACAAUAAGCAAACUCCGGUAAGAGAUAGGCCUACUAAAGCUUUGUUGCCAAGAUAUUUUUAUUACAAAUACUAUAAUAACAACUGUAGCUAAGUAAAGGAACCAGAUUAUCCUUACCUUAUACUGGAGGUAAAUUGUUGAAUUAAUCUUUAAAACUAAUGAAACAUCUAGUCAAUGCAUCAUAGAUAUCGCAACGUUCUGUCAUAAAAUAAUUUUUCUUCAAUCUUGAUAAUAUCGUGUUUCUUUUCUUUAUUCACAAUAUAAUAUUUAACAAGUUGAUCACAUAAAUUAACAUGGAGGCUAAUACAUGUUGUGUUUUAAAGUACAUAUUCUAAGACUGUGUUUGUUGUUUGCAACACCGUUUUCAAAUUUUAUAACUAUAAUGGGACGAGUCGAAUUCAAUAAUACCACGUGAACACUUUUGGACUCGUUUGCUGUAAAAUGCAUUUGCCUUUAAGUUCAAAGGUGAACUUCUAAAGGUCACCUUUACCCUUCUAGAUACCUACUGCGACAAAGUGCUCACAUAUUAUUAAAUUCUCUGUACCUACACAAUAUUAUUUAUAACUCGCAUCAUUAAAGAAAGGAGUCGCAAAUUACGAUGUAAGACAGUGGUGCCAAUUCUGUCGUGAUUCUCUAAACUUAAAACUAAAUUUAACAUCAGUCUCUCCUUUUCAUUCUGUAUAGAAAAUGACAAGGAUAUACUGCUGUUAAAUUUAAGUUUAGGUUUAGAGAAUCAUGCUAGAAUUGACACCAUUCUGUCACUCGCAAAUGCUAUCCUAAGUAACGUGCGAGAAAGACAGAAUGUCUUGCGUCGGCAAUUUCGAUUCCUUUCUAUAAUGACAUGAGUUAUAAUCACUUGUCUAUUUUCACUUUAAAACGUAUUCAAUUUGUUUUAAUAUCGUGAACGUGUACUACGUACGAAUGUUAUCAUAUACCGGUCUAUGUGCAGUUUACUUUUUUAUACGCCGUCAGUGAUAGAAUGCGAUUAAAAAUGGCGGCGCUUCUAUUUACCUCUCACUCAUAUAAUUUGGCAGUCUUUAAUAAAACAAUGCCUUAUAACACAAAUAAUUCAAGAACAAAUGCCACGGCAACACUUUUCAUUCGUAAAACUAUAAAAAAAAACUCAAAAAAUGAUGUUACUUACUGAAUCGCCAUUUGUUAUCAAGAAAAGGACAACAAUACAGCUCUGCCGUCUGUAGAGAGAGAAAAGAAAACGGAGUCGUCUGCAAAGCGACGCGGACUCGCCGUUUCGCCCGUGCUGCGUUGAAGCGUAUUUACAGAAGUGCGCGUGUAUGAGAGUUUCUUUUGCUUAUGUACUCGUAGUUGAGUCAGAGCAUAUUAAAUGCUAAUAUAACCGUACCGUAUCCUCCUCUGGUUGUUUUAAUCUAAGGUCUUCGCUGUAUUCCAGAUAUUUUAAUAAAAUUACUUAGAAUUCAGCAGGAGACUUUGUAAGCCAUUUUUAAUCUCAUUCUUAAUAACAAUACACUUAAUUGGCAGCCACAAAUUAUAUAAAUAGUUACAAAUUUUGACCAAGUUAUGGACAUAACCAAUCAAAAUGGAAUGUAAACAUGGCUAUAAUUCUGAUUUUAUCACCGAAAAAUUAAAGAAUAUUUCAAUUACACAAUAUAAGCUAAAAAUAAAUUAUUCUUGAAUUUUCUCUGUGAUUUAGUUAUAAUUGUAUAUUUAUCUUUGUAUUAUAAGUGUAUUAAAGUAUUGUGCUACUGGGCAUUUUAAAUAAAAAAAAGUACAAAAUGGAACUCUUAUUCUUUCUUUUAUAACUUUAAAUAAUCG